AUGACGGAGCGCUAUGAAUCGCCCGAGGUGACGACCAUUUUGACCAAGGCACAGAUUCACGAAAGAUAUCAAGAUACAGCCCUAGUUAUAUUCAAAGAGCAACAAAGUAAAAGGGAAGCGAUGAACUAUUUAACUAUCGGAACGAGUCGCAGAACUAUGGAGUAUAGUAGUUACGGAAAUCAACCUGUUGUCGUGCGGAGACCAACUGGAACUCUAGUACAUCAUAAUGAACAAAACUUGUCCUCGCAGAUAUUAAGGAUAUAUCAAAAGCCUCGAGAUAGUUGUGUAAUAAAUUAAGUUAUACCGUUUUCGUUAUUUAAUAGUUUUCAAUCUGUUUUUUUUUUAUUUUUCUUUUGCACUAUAGUACUCAUAGAUCAAUAAUUUCAUGAUACUGAUUACAGGUUUGAUUAGUACGUUUAUAUACACGAAUAAUUUAUAUAACUAUAUUUAUACAGUACGCUGUUUCAUGUUACCGAAUAUAUUUCGUUAAUUACAAUUCAUUCGGUCUAGAAUAAAUGUGGUCCGAUGUUGAUCCGA